UUUUGUGAUUUUUUCAAUUUGAGUGUGACUGUGAAUUAAUCAAAAUAAUUCAAUUUGGAAACUAUAGUGACUGUGAUUGAAUUUGACAUAUGACAAUGGCGAAUGACCAAGUGGAAAUUCUAACGACCACACAUUCAUAAAAUUUUAACCUAUAGUUUCUCCGAUUAAUUCGAUUCUCUUUUUAUUCUUUCUCUCUCUGUUCUUAACUUUGGAAAUGGCAUUCCCAAUUCCACACCUUAUCUCUUCACCGUACAACCCUUUGUUAAACCUCACUCCACUCUCAUUAAACCCUAAAAUCCCAUUCUCAACUACUACACCGCCGCCGCCGUCGCAUAUUGAUGUUCGCCACCACUCUCGCCGCCGUAAGUCUACUUCCCUCCUCCGUUGCUCGGCGUCGUCUUUCCCGGACAAGCACAACGGUAACUCUAACUCUCCUAAUUCGGAUGAUGUCACCGAACUUCCUCUGUUUCCUCUUCCUUUGGUUCUCUUCCCCGGAGCAAUCCUCCCUCUCCAGAUCUUCGAGUUUCGCUACCGCGUCAUGAUGCAUACGCUUCUCCACACCGAUCUCCGAUUCGGCGUUAUCUACACCGACGCGGUGACCGGAACGGCGGAAGUCGGUUGCGUUGGAGAAGUUAUAAAACACGAAAGACUUGUCGAUGAUCGAUUCUUCUUGAUCUGCAAAGGUCAGGAGCGUUUCCGCGUGAAGAAAGUUGUUCGGACGAAACCCUACCUUGUCGCGAGUGUUGCGUGGCUGGAGGAUCGGCCUUCUCCGGCAACUGACGUAGAUGUUGACGGUUUGGCGAGCGAGGUGGAGACGUAUAUGAAGGAUGUGAUUCGGUUAUCGAAUCGGUUAGGUGGAAAGGCGGAGAAAGAGGUUGGUGAUUUGAGGAGGAACUUGUUUCCGACGCCGUUUUCGUUUUUUGUUGGAAGCACGUUUGAAGGCGCGCCGAGAGAGCAACAGGCGCUGUUGGAGUUGGAAGAUACUGCGGCGAGAUUAGCGAGGGAGAAGGAGACUUUGAAGAACACGCUUAAUUACUUGUCUGCUGCUUCUGCUGUCAAAGACGUUUUUCCAUCUUCUUCAUCUCCGUCUCCCCCUUCCUCUUGAUGCACGGUAUGAUUUGUAUUGUAUGAACAAUAGGCAAUAGCACCAAUGUACUAUACUGGAAUAGUUGUAAAUUCUCUGAAGUGUAAUUUUUCAUACGCUGAUCAUGCCUGGUUAUUAAAUUUUGGAUGACAUUUUAUAUCA